UUAAAAUCACUCACAGUAUUUAGCUUCUGCUCCCAGUCCAAACACAUUUCCCUUUUUAGUCUAUUUUCAGGUGGAAGCUCUCUUCUCUGAAAACAGGAAGGACCUGAGUCAAACUUACUGCACCAGAGGUUUUUACAGCAGUUAGUCAGUCAACCCUCUGACAACAUGUGUACUGGAAAAUGUUCCCGUUGUAUUGCUGUUACUUUGUACCCGUUAGCAGCUAUAUCCAUCAUCUGUAACAUUGUGCUGUUCUUUCCUGGUGGGGACAUCAAGUACGCCAAGGAUGGACAUAUUACCGAGGAGGUGUAUUACAUGGGGGGACUCGUUGGAGGGGGUUUAAUGGUGUUGAUCCCCGCACUUUAUAUCCACUUGACUGGACAACAGGGGUGCUGUGGUAAUCGCUGUGGGAUGUUCUUAUCCAUUGUAUUCGCUGCAGUGGGUGUGGCCGGUGCCCUGUACAGUUUCAUUGUGGCAGUGCUGGGUUUGCAGAACGGUCCCCUCUGCAAAGUCAUCCUGGUUUGGACAACACCUUUUAAAAACAAUGACAGGAGUUACCUGACUGAUGACACGUGGUGGGGAACGUGCGUAGAGCCUAAGAACAUUGUGCAGUUCAACAUUGGAUUGUUUGGCACUCUGCUGGCCACAAGCUGUCUGCAGGUGAUUCUCUGUGCCAUUCAGAUGAUCAAUGGGCUCUUUGGCUGCCUGUGUGGAACCUGCACUGACAAAGGGCCACUGUGAGCUGCUGAUGGUUGACUGGCGUCAUCUGCUGGAAGAACGAGGACAGUCUUCCUGGCUGCACCUGCAUAAAAUACCCGCUUUGAAAUUGUAGUUUCUAUUUGACAACAGACUUUUUAUAUAUAUUUUUAUGUGUUUAUCAUACUCUUUUAAAAAUAACCAACACAGAAAUCAAAAAUGUAUUGCAAUAUUGUGAAAACAGCACAGUAUUAAGAAAUAAUUCAUAAUAAUCAGUUGGUCGAUUUUUCAUACAUUGGUUUAAAAAAAAUAAACUGCUCAAGUUUUG